GAGAGUAAAUAAAGAUGGAGGUGUUUCUAGUUUCUCCGUCUUUAAAGUUUAUUAAUGUUCCAGUUUCACCCGGAUCCACCGUUAAUGAUCUCAAACACCUGUACUGCAGCUCACAGAGAAUCUGCCCUGAUGAUUUCUAUCUGAAGAAGAAUGGUAGAAUAUCAGACGCUGAUCAGAAACUGGAGGCCGGUGCUCUGUACCGACUGGAGCCGCGACUAUGUGGUGGAAAAGGGGGUUUUGGCUCCAUGCUGCGAGCUCUUGGAGCUCAGAUCGAGAAAACCACCAACCGCGAGGCCUGCAGAGACCUGAGCGGGCGGAGACUCCGAGAUGUCAAUCAUGAAAAAGAGAUGGCGGAGUGGUUGAAGAAGCAGACGGAUCGUGAGGCGGAUAAGGAGCAGCGGCGUUUGGAGAGGAUUCAGAGGAAACUAGCCGAACCGAAACACCACUUCAAAGAUGGAGAUUAUGAACAGCAGUGCCACGACCUCUCCGAGAGACUGGAGGAUUCUGUCAUGAAAGGAAUGCAGGCCUCCUCCAGCAGCCUGGUGCAGCCAGGAGAAGAACCGAGCCGCAAACGACCAGCCACAGAAGACGGAACUGAAUCUUUCAAGAAGAAAUGCUUCUGGACUGGACUGGAGGAUCUGGAAGACACAGACAGUUCUGAUUCAGACAGUAAUGAUGAUGAACCUCGGGCUUGUUCUUCCUCCUCUUCCUCCGUCCCUGGCCCCUCCCGUAACACUGACCCAGCUGCAGUACCCACAGUACCCAGCGGGGAGCGCAGUACAAGCCGGUGUUCGGGCCCUUCCAGCACCAUCAGCAGCUCUAGUUCCAGUUCAGCUUCCUGUUCACCUCCUCACAGUCUGGAGAAGAGAGGAGAGGAGGAGGAGAAAGAUGAGGAGGAGAAAGAUGAGGAGGAGAAAGAUGAGGAGGAGAAAGAUGAGGAGGAGAAAGCGGCGGAGCCUGUAGAGGAGAUGAAAGAGAGCAGCAGUGAUGGACAGGAAGCAGAGAAGCUCGUGAGCACAGAGAUGAAGAGCAAAACAGAAACACAUCCUGUUGAACCUGAGGAUGUGGGCGGUGAGCUGGACCUGCUCUCAGUAAACAGCGUGGAAGAGUUGGAGCUUCUGGGUUUGGAGAAGUUGAAGGUGGAGCUGAUGAACCGAGCUUUGAAGUGUGGAGGAACCCUGCAGGAACGUGCUGCUCGUCUCUUCUCCGUCAAGGGAUUGAAACCUGAUCAGAUCGACUCUGCACUGUUAGCCAAACCCAGCAAGAACAAGAAGAAAUAAAACCUUCAAACGUCCUUUUUUUUUAUUGAGACUUUUUUAUAUCGAUUAAAUGUGUUUGUGAUACAGCUGAAUCUGAUUCUGAUUAAUCAUCUGAUAAUCAAUCAGCUUUGGAUUAAAGUCUAAUCUUGUAUAAAUUGACGUCAGAAUAAAGUUCAGCAGAAUUUUGCUGUC